AUGCCGCACGCGCACCUCUCACGCUUCGAGGAUUCGUAUCCCUCGGUACGCUACACCGCUGUCGAGGAGAAGGUGUCGAAGCUGUUCGAGCGGGGAUCGAUGGCCCUGCAAAGGACGGACGAAGACUGGGAGCUGGUCGAGACUUGUUGUUACGCUGCUUGUCCGGCGUUUCAUGACCAUCUGUACGCGCCUGCGGAUGUGGAAAGAGCUUGUACUGCUCUCGCGACUGUCAACGAGCGCACUGGAACGAAGUUUUUCAACCGCUCUCCUGUUCAGUGCUCACCUCCCUCAGCAGGAUCUUCCACUGCCCGCGAAGUUGUACUUCUCGUUGCGACCGUCCGCGCCCGCCUUGAAGAGCACUACCCAAACCUCCGCGAAGGCCUCGCCGACCCAGAUGCGCCCUUUUGCUUCACCCUCAACCUCUGCAGCGCGACCUCCGAUACCGCGCACCUUCUCUCGCCAAUGGGGAUGGAAGAGCACGAGCUGAAAAAGCUGGUCCGGACGACGGUCGUCGUGGACGUGCUUUUUUACCACAACGACGCGCCGCGGUAUAGGCGGAUCCAGGUCAUGCCGGAGGGGUGGGCUGGGCACAUUCGUGCGAUUCAUCGGCCGCUAACGCAAGCUGCCUUCGCGACGACGCUCGCGAAGACGCCACCCGCGCUGCUGGAUCUUACGAAGCGGGAACGGCUCUUUAGCCGUAAAUGCGAAGCGGUGAAGCUCGUACCGUUGCUGUGGAAAUGA